CACAGAGGGCGGGGCCGCGCGCGCAUCCCGACGUCGUCUUCUUCUCUUCCGCGAGCUUCUUCGUGUCGCUGGAGUCCCGUUACCGGCGGCGAACUCCGCCUGGUUCUGCACAGAACUCUCUCAGAACCUCUCGGAUUAAAGAACCUCAGAGGGAAGCCCUGCGGCUUUCUUUCCGUCACCGGAUUUGGAGGGCUUUGUUUUCUUUUUCUUAGAAGUUGAGAAGCUCGAGCGCCUGCGUUUCCACUGAGUUGGACUUGGAGAGAACUUCUUCUUCCUCCUCCUCCUCUUCCUCUUCUGCUUCCGUUUAUUACCACUGAACUAUUUUCUUUUUGAGGAUUGCGCGCGCGCUUGUCUUAAGGUUUUGCAAUUAAAAGGAAAAAGUGCAAGAAAGAAAGAAGUGGGCAUGUAGCGCACACAACACGCUCCCAGGAUCCUACUUCCUGUCCACCCCUCAGCUUGCUCUCGGAAUGGGACUGCACCUUCCCAGAGUGCACUUCUUCACUGGGGGGUGUGGCCAUCCCUGGGCAGGACAGACGGAAUAGACCCCCUGCAGUAUUCUUUUGACCCCUGUGACCUUGGUGUGACCCUGUCCAGCCAUGCCUUUCAGGCUGAAACUGCCUCGUACGAAGCGCUACAACGUGCUGAGCAAGAACUGCUUCGUGAUUCGGAUCCAACUGCUGGACAAUCACAGUAUCGAAUGCACACUGUCCGUCGAGGGGACCGGCCAAGAGUGUUUAGAAGCAGUUGCUCAACGUCUCGAACUGAGAGAGACACAUUAUUUUGGCCUGUGGUUUCACUCGAAAGCUCAGGUGCAGAGGUGGGUGGAGUUGGAGAAGCCGCUGAAGAAGCAGUUGGAUAAAUUCGGCAACGAGCCCAUGCUGUACUUCGGGGUCAUGUUCUAUGUGCCCAGUGUGUCCCGCCUCGAGCAAGAAGUCACCAGGUAUCAGUACUACCUGCAGGUGAAGAAGGAGGUGCUGGAUGGACGCCUUCACUGCACCGUUGAGCAGGGCAUUCGACUCGCUGGUCUCGCUGUCCAGGCCGACUUUGGAGAUUUCACUCAAUAUCUGUCUCAGGAUUUCCUCAGGGAAUAUGUUUUGUUCCCCGUGAACUGGCCACACGUCGACGAGGUGCUGGACGACUGGACGCAGAAAGUGGCCGAAGAGCACAAGAGUCACUAUCAGAUGCAGGCCGCAGAUGCAGAGCUGCUCUACAUCAAAGAGGUGGAGAAACUGGAUGGAUUUGGGCAGGAGAGCUUUGCUGCGAAAGACAACUACACCAACGACAUCUUCAUCGGAGUUUCGUUUAUCGGAAUCUUCGCCAAGCACAGGAACGGGAGAUCCAUCAUGCUUCACCGGUGGAAGGACAUCGGCACCAUCGGGCACAACAAGUCGGCUAUCACCGUGGAGAUAACCAGCAAAGACGACACCAUCAUGUUUCACAUGGAGGAUAUGGAGAUGGCGAAAUACAUCGCACGCCUCUUUACCGCCAGACACAAGUUUUACAAACAGAACAAGAUCUGUGUCGAGCCGACCCACUCUCCUGUCACUAUACGGAGAAGAUCCACCUGGAACAGGCAGCAUAGGCCACAGUCCUCUAUUGCACACUCUCAGUAUCCUGAUCACUAUCAGGAGACGCAGAGCUCGCAAGACAGUAUCUUCCACGAAGACCCAUACUGCAAGUCAGAGACGAGUCUGGUGGAGUUUAGUUUCCGUAACGGCCUGGUUCCGAAUGGCAGUAUGUGCAGCAGCCCGAGCGUAAGCUCCCUGAACCGCUCACAGACUUUUGUUCAUUCUUCUCCCAUGUCUUCGAGCCCCAGCAUCCCUGGGAGUGAGCUCAUGCGGCCUGACUACAUCCCCAGCCACCGACACUCUGCCAUCAUCCCUCCCUCCUACAGGCCCACACCAGAGUACGACGCCGUGAUGCGGCAAAAACGCUGCCUCCUCCCAAACACACCCACCGUGGAUUGUCACAGCCAAUCGCUACGCAGCCUCAAUAUCAGCAACACGUAUGUUUACCGUCAACCGUCGCUAGUGUACAGCCAGCCGGAAAUGCGUGAACAAAGCCCGUACCACACGCCCUAUGGUGGAGGUGGAGGCCCUCAGCCAGUAUAUGGACUUCAUGCUGGCCCCUCCCUACCUCACCAGGGUCAGAUAGUACAUUCUACAACGGUUCAACCACAAUCUGUUGCGGCUAACGGCAUCUCGCAUACCGUCAGCACUCCAGAGCUGGCCAACACUAAACAGCAAGUGGUUAACAGGACUACCCAUGUGUUUAGGAACCAUCAAUCAAGGCCUCCACCCCCUUACUCGGCAUCCUUUAGGCCAGCUACCAGCACACCAGAUUUGGCGAGCCACCGACAGCGCUGCAUCGGAGGCUCUAGUCCAGAACUGGUGACACGUAAAGUGCAGCUUUCGGUGAAAACCUUCCAACCAGACAGCUCAGCCGUAGUGCACCAGUCACUACAGGAAGUGAGCGAGCCGCUAACGGCCAUGAAGCACCGUUCCACGCUUGCCAAACGCCACAGCAUGGAAAUCGCGAUGGUCCUCAAGGGAGCCAGUGUAGCCCCCUUGCCUCGAAGGAACACACUACGAGAGCAAGUCCCACCCCUGAUCCCUCCUCCUCAGCAGGCACAGGUCCCACCUCCUCCUCCACCGCCACCUCAGCUGGCUGAGGUGCAAAUGCCAGCCCAGAAAUCCUCCAACCCUGACCCAACCUACCAACAUCAGAAAACACUCUCUAAUGUGACUAUGCUGAUCCACAGCAGUGAAAGUGAGGAGGAAGAAGAGGAGUAUGCACCCGAGCUGGACGUUCACAUCCCAGGCCUCAAUGAGGACAUCAGCGCACAACUGCAGGCGGCACUCGCUAACAUCCCUAACAAACCUCCGCCGGAAUACCCAGGACCACGGUCCAGUGGCAGCAACAUUGCACUCAGACACCAUAACCAGGAUCGGAGCCAAGGUUCUCCAGAAGCGGCGCAGCUCCAAGCGCAGGUCGAUGUCCAUGCUGGAGGGCAACGCGGGAGGCAAAGUCCGAGCCGUAUGGAGCCGGUGGGUUUGAGCGGGGCGACUCUGGGCCCAUCCAUCUCAGAGCCCGACCUGACCAGCGUGAAGGAAAGAGUGAGGAAAGAGCCAGUGAAAGAGAGACCAGUCUCCGAAAUGUUUGCCAUCGAGGACAGCAUUGUGGAAAGAGAGAUUGCACAGAGGACUCUAGAGAGACAGAAGAUGUCGGUGGACUCGAUGAAGCGGCCUCUGAUGAUGGCGGCUCUGAACGGACUCUACGUCAGCCGCAUGCCUGUCCCAGAAAACCCACGCGAGGACGUCUCCACUAAGGCCAACACGGACGAGAUGUGUAAGCAUCUGGAGCUGAGGUUAGAGGACGAGCGGCUCUUCACCGAAUACGAGCAGAUCCCUAAGAAAAGGCCCGAGAGUAACCAGUCCACAGCCACACUGCCCGAUAACACUGAGAGGAACCGGUUCCGUGACGUGGUUCCAUAUGAGGAGAACCGCGUAGAGCUGGUGCCAAACAAAGAGAACAACACGGGCUACAUUAACGCCUCGCACAUCAAGAUGAUCAGAGGGGAGGAGUGGCAUUAUAUUGCGACGCAAGGCCCUCUUCCUAACACUUGCCACGAUUUCUGGCAGAUGGUCUGGGAGCAAGGGGUCAAUGUCAUUGCCAUGGUUACGGCAGAGGAGGAAGGAGGUCGUUCUAAGAGUCACAGGUACUGGCCCAAACUCGGCUCCAAACACAACUCGGCCACCCACGGCAAGUUCAAGGUCACAACCAAAUUCCGUACAGACUCAGGUUGCUAUGCGACAACAGGGUUAAAGGUCAAGCACCUGCUGUCUGGUCAGGAGCGGACCGUGUGGCACCUGCAGUAUACCGACUGGCCUGAGCACGGCUGCCCCGAAUACGUCCAGGGCUUCCUCGCGUACCUGGAGGAGAUCCAGUCUGUGCGCCGUCACACGAACAGCAUGUUGGACGCCUCGAAGAACCCGAAGCCGCCAGUUGUGAUUCACUGCAGCGCCGGAGUCGGACGCACCGGAGUCGUGAUUCUCACCGAGCUUAUGAUCAGCUGCCUGGAGCACAACGAGAGGGUGGAGGUCCCGGUGAUGCUAAAUCACUUGAGACAGCAGAGAAUGUUGAUGGUUCAGACUGUCGCUCAGUACAAGUUUGUGUAUCAGGUUUUGAUCCAGUUUCUGAAGAACACCAGACUCAUCUGAGGACCAGCGUCAUUCCAAUCUGAAUAUUCUAUCCACAGUACGAGUGGAGAACUUCCUGUCUUGUGAUUUAUUAUUUUUUGUUGCUUGGUUUGUUUUAUAUUAGAGGACAACGCCGCUCUGUUAUGAUUUCUAAAACACAACUGAAGUCAUCUCUAAAACGUGAGAUCAUACGGAAGUUCUGCUUUACAUCCAGGGUAUGAGUUACACUGCCGUACAUAACACGCCUCCAGAAAUCCGGUCUGGAGUGUGCGGUUACAGGAAAGUAAUCAACACCUGGGAGGGUGAUACUGUUCCCACCAAGAUGGUGCUGAUUUUUCAAUAACAGUAUAUCCUGAAGUGUUUUAUUUUUAUCUCUUAUACCAUAGCAGUUUGCAAUGCUAACAAUUAUUUUAUUUAUUAAAGAGCACCACCUUGUACUUUUGAGCUGCUUCUACAAAAGUUUUGGCACCCCUGGCCAAAUUACUGCACCUUUUUAACGUUGAAUGAAGACAACCUCUCUAGCAAACUAUUUUUUUUUAAAAAAUGUGAAUGUUAAUACAGAGUUAAUUUGCAUUUGAUGAACGGAAAAAUUUGAAACAAAUUUUAAAAAAAAAGUAAUUUUGGCAUGUGCAAAAGUUUGUGCACCCUACACAGUUAUUGUAUCAUACCAGUGCAGAAAAUUGUAUUAUUUUUUUUUCAUACUUUUCUGCAGAAGUUAUUUUUCCUUCUUUUCAUUUUAAAAAUCAACAAAAUGUGUCAUUUGGACAGGGGUGCCCAAAUAUUUGCAUCUCAUCGUCUCUGUCAGUGUAUGUAUUAAGCAUUACAGCCAUUAUAUAAUGUUAUAUUAAUUCAAAGUCAUUUCACUAACCUGAAGAAUUAAGGCUUCCGUUAGAAAAUGAUACUAUCGAUGUUGUUAUAGUCCGGAUAAUACCGUAUAUUUGAAAAUGAUAAAAAAAAAAAAAACCUGUACAUAUCAAGUUUCAUGAGCGCAUUUUUAUAUUUAACAUUUGUAUUAUAUUUUUUAUUUAUUAUUAUUUUCAUUUUUGUCUCUCUUUAGGUUGAGACUUGUGUCUCUGUGCUAAGUAAAGAAAAGCAGUUUAGACACAGAGGCGAAAACGUACAACGUAGAUAUUUUUCAUCAUUAUAUCACAACGUUAAAUGCAUUGCUUAAGUCUUUUGUUAACUCGGUGUGCAGGUGGACCUAAGCCAGUUCACUUUCAUUAUGUCUCUGUUGUUUAUGUUGAAGAUGUGUUCAAGAGCAACGCAUUUUGUCUUUCAGACAUCGUUUGUGACGGUGACUUAUUUCUGUGAAAACAGAUUUAUUGCAGAUUUUAUUAUAUUUUCACAAAAGGAUGCCUGCUCUGCACAUGUGGACGGAGUCAUCCUGGAAGGCACCACGCCCAUCAGGAUUUUAAAAAAAGCACAAAAAAAAAAAGAAAAA